AUGUCGACGACGUCCAGCACUGCUGCUACAUGCGGCACAUCUCGUGACCGUAAGAGUUCGGCGUUCCAGCCAGCUUCAUUCGCGAGCCAGAUCACAGCAACUCCAGACGGGACCGAGCUGAUCUCAGAGAAGCUGGUCGUUCUUAACGAGAGGCAAUGUAUUCCAGCUUUCCAGCCAGCGCCAUCUUCAAGCAGGUCCGCAGCAGUGACCACUGGCUCGAAGCUUACUCGAGAGAAGCUUGCUCUCUUCAACAAAACGGCUGGUAGCUCCGACCUGGCCAACUGUCCCUUGAUGCGUUGGUCGCUUGAUGUGGGAGUCGACGAUCGUGACGCACAAACCCUCCACGACUGGGAGAUGCUUAUAGCAAGGGACGCUCUGGCUGCCGAUAUCGAAGCUUGCAUACGAACGAAGGCCCAGAAGAUGUGA